AUGAUAUUGAUAAACGAUGUGAAAUAUUCCUGUAUGGAGUGUAUACGAGGUCAUAGAUCUUCAACUUGCAAACAUCAUGAUAGACCACUACUACAAGUUAGGUCCAAGGGAAGACCGGGAGUAUAUGCGAAUGGUAACCCAAAUCACAGAGUGGCAGUUUUUGCUGAAGAGAUUGCCACGCCAACUGAUGCCACAGAUUCGGAAGAUGGAUCCACUGCAACACCACCAACAACUGAGCCGCGCAAAUCAUGCAAAUCACAGCCAAUAGUCAUACUAAAAGCUUCGUCAAAACAGGUUAUUGACUUGACAAAUGGGGAAAUUGUAGGCCCCUACGAUGAAUCAAAAGUUACAAAGAGUACAGUUGAAAAGCCACCACCACAACAACCAGUCAUCAAUGACGAAAGUUUUAUUAUAUCAUCAGGUUGUUGUGCUCCGAAAGUAACGAAACGUACCGGAUGUGGAUGUUGUGGAAACAAAAAGAAGAAUGUGAGCAAGUCAAAGAUACUACAAACGUAUAUCGAAAAGAGGUUAAACAAGGAUGUGGUACCACCUCCAAAGCAGGUUAAAUUCAUUUCGGAAUCGCCGCACCAAAAGUUGAAUAAUAACGGAAAUAGUAGAAGUGAAACACCCGUGUUUGAAGUUGUUCCAAUCUCAUCUUGCUCCAUACCGGGUACUUGUUGUUGUGGUAGUGAUUGCAAGUGUGCUGGAUGUGUUGUUCAUGGGAAUGCUCCAGGGGUUCCUGAACAGACCCCAUUACUCCCGUCUCAACCAGGCAAUUUACCUAUAGAUACUGUUUCAAAUACCGAGACCCUCGUUUUCAGCUCGUUACCAAACAAUGAUGCGCUUCCUAAAGCUUUGCCUGUUGAUGCGAACCAACAAGCGUCAUUGUUUAGCCAGUCGGAGUUUGAGUCAACCUCUCAGCCUUCUCCAGGGGUUUGUCUAUGUCCUCCAGAUGCAUGUGAUUGCACCAAUUGUGAAGUCCAUGGUAUAAUAGAUGGACACAAGUUGGAUGAAUAUUUUGUCGAUCAAGAAAAGUUGUUAAACGCAUUGGUGUCAGACUUUGACUUUAAUACCCUUAUGUCGCUGGAUAAUAAAGCAUCAGAAGUCAAACCAGAACCCAUGUUUGCCUAUGUUGCGCCUUCGACUUGUUGCGAAGGUAAUUCCACGUCAAAUAAACUACAAUAUUCACAAAUGCAAACACCAAGUAAUAAUGGAAGUUGGUCGGAAUUACAAAAUUUUUAUUCCAAUCACACCGAUCUAAGUGCUAAACCACCAGUAACUAAUAACCCGAGUAGCUGUUGCUCGAAUCGUAGUAGAUCCUGA